AUGAAUAAUCUAGAAAGCAAUGGAAACAUCAACAAAAUGGAUUCAGGACAAUUGAACGUUAUUGAUAUAGAUCAAAAUAUUUUCCUUAACAAAAACUCUUUCCCUGUAAACGAAUUCUACAGCCAAAAUGAUAAUAAGACGGGCACAAAUGGAAACAUAAAAGAUGUAAGUACAUAUAAAGAAAUGUACGAAGAAAGUAUUAACAACCCAGAGCUAUUUUGGGGAAGCAUAGCCAAAAAUAGUGUAAGGUGGUUUAAAUUAUUCACCAAAGUAUAUAGUGGGAAUUUUAAAAAAGGGAACACUAGCUGGUUCGUUAAUGGCAAAAUUAAUGCAUGUGAUAAUUGUGUAGAUAGAUGGGCCGAAAAACAUCCAAUGAAGACUGCAAUAAUAUGGGAAAAAGAUACACCAAAUGAUUUUAAAAAAAUAACUUAUCAAAAAUUGCUAGAAAAGACAUGUAAAAUUGCCAAUUUAUUAAAAAUGCAUGGAGUAAAAAAGCAAGAUGUGGUUACCAUUUAUUUACCAAUGAUUCCAGAAAUUGUGUAUAGCAUGCUAGCAUGUGCUAGAAUAGGUGCAAUUCACAAUGUGGUCUUUGCGGGAUAUUCUGCAGGGAGUUUGUGUGAUCGCAUAUUGGACUCCAAAUCUAGUAUAUUAAUUACGAGCGAUUUUGGCAUGAGGGGAGGGAAAUUAACCAAACUCAAGCAAAUUGCAGAUGCAGCUAUGGAUAUGUGUGGCGACGCCAUCAAAGUUUGCAUCGUCUUUAAAAACAAAACGAAGAUAGGUGACACCAAUAGAGCAUACCUGGAUAGCACAUCGCAAUGUAAGUUACAGGACUCAACCUCCGUCAAUUUGAAAGGUGCUGAAAACUUUUUGGCACAGGAUGCUACUCGCUUGAUAAAUAGCAAUCAAAAUGAAAUGAACCAAAAUGAAUACGAACAAAUGAACCACAACAGAUGUGACAGUGUAAUGCAUAACUCCAAUUGUGAUACUAGUGGAGUUACGGGCAGUGCCUCCGUUUAUGCGUGUCCGCUGAGGGAGGGCCAUUGCGCCAAUCACGAUGAUCAAGGCAAUCACGAUAAUCACAAUAAUUACGAUGCUCGGGAUAGUUGUGAUAAUCAUGAUAAUUUUCCCCAUGGUGGCCACUCCCUCUGUAAUGGGAUGCAAACCAACAAUCAAUGCAACGUCCUCCACGAGGACAAUACCAACAGAAAUGAUACUAAAGCGAAAGGGAUACACACCCUCCACAAAAAAAUCUGCAAAAAUAGCAGUCUAACGAAGAAGAACCCCACUUCAGAUAAAACAGAACAUAAUAAGGAAAUUGCCAAUGGAGAGAACAAAUGCAGUCGAGAGGAAGAGGCAACCAAGAACAUGGCAGACAGGAACAGUCACCCAUUCGGGAAAGAGUCAUGUGAUUAUAUGAACUCAGUGACCUGUAAAUCGAUGAUGGAAGCAACAAAGGAGAGCAUAACAUUUGAAGGGAAAGGAUACCCAAGUAAUGAUUGCAGGAAGAGCAAUUUUGACGAGAAUAUAUGCACGUUAAAAGAAGGUCGAGAUGUGGAUGGUUCCGCGUUAAUGAAAAACAUGAGAGCUUACUGUCCAAUAGAAUAUGUCGACAGUGAAGAUUUCCUAUGUUUAUUGUACACCUCCGGCUCGACUGGAAAACCUAAAGGUGUAGCGCAUACAACCGCAGGGUAUUUGCUAUAUGCGUAUACAACCUGUAAGUAUAUAUUUGAUGUAAAUCCAGAUGAUAUCUUUGGAUGCGUUGCAGACAUUGGGUGGGUAACUGGCCAUACGUAUGUUUUAUAUGGUCCCUUACUGAACGGAAUAACAACCACCUUGUUUUCUUCCAUUCCCACUUACCCAGAUUGUGGUAGAUAUUGGAGUUUAAUAGAAACGCAUAAAAUCACACAAUUCUACACAGCACCUACAGCACUUAGAGCCUUAAUGAAACAUGGAAAUUCAUAUAUUGAUAAAUAUGAUUUGUCGUCAUGUCGAAUUUUAGGGAGUGUAGGUGAACCAAUAAAUCCAGAGACAUGGAGAUGGUAUUACAAUAUUGUCGGGAAAAAAAAAUGUGCAAUUGUGGAUACCUACUGGCAAACAGAAACGGGAGGAAUUGUCAUUGCACCCAUACCAAAUUUAUUUAAAAUGAAGCCUGGGUGUGCUACUCUUCCAUUUUUUGGUGUCGAAUUAGAAAUCUUAGAUUCUAAAACAUUAGAACCUUUGAAGGGUCCUAAUGUUUGUGGCUUGUUAUGUAUCAAGAGUCCAUGGCCAGGCAUGCUCAGGACAGUGUAUGGAAAUCACAGCAGGUUAGUAAAAACAUAUUUUUCUUCUUGCCCCAAUUAUUAUUUUACUGGAGAUGGUGCAUAUAGAGAUGAAGAUGGAUACUACUGGAUAUCUGGGAGAAUUGAUGAUACUUUAAAUGUCUCUGGUCAUCGUUUAGGAGCUGCCGAAAUUGAGCAUGCCUUGGUCCAACAUUCUUGCAUCGCGGAGGCGGCUGUUGUUUCCUUCCGUCAUGUUGUCAAGGGGGAAGGUAUUUUAUGCUUCGUUGUUAAAAAGGUGUGUGUCUCUAAAAAAUGGGGAGAAGUGGAGGGAGCAGAAACGAGAGGAACACUUGAUCAAUGCGUUGAUCGGAAUGGAAACACAGAAAGUGUGAAUGCCCAUUUAACAUCGACUUCCAAUUUGGAGAAAAUGGACACCAUGCAUGUGAAUUACCCAGAUGAAAAAAUUAUAGAAGAAUUAAAAUUGUACGUUAGACGAGCCAUAGGUCCUAUCGCCACCCCGGAUCUUAUUUGUAUAGUUCCUGAUUUGCCUAAAACCAGAAGUGGAAAAAUUAUUAGGAGAAUACUAAGAUGUAUAGCAAACGGGAUAAACGAUUUUGGAGACAUGACCACCGUUGCGAAUUAUGAAGUUAUUGACAUUAUUGUAAACAAGUUUAAGGAUUCCAAGUCCAAGUUCCAGUCAAAGAUGUAA